GAAACGUUAUGAAACAUCGUAAUCGUUGGCGAAUGUUUACAAACUCCUGUACAAAUAACUUGUUUACCUUCGGUUACGUAUAAUUUUACAGUCUGAUUCGAUCAUUGAGCGAUAUGAUUUGCAAAGCGAUAAAUUUAAUCAGAAUUACAUUAAUAUCCUACGUUUUGUGACUUUUUUCCGAAAGCAAAUUUAAUUAUUCAAUGGCAGUUCAAGUCACAUGUUUGAUGUAGUCUCGUGAUGUGUUUUGCUUGGAAGACCUGAAUCAUAGCGUGUAAGCUGUUCAUGAUGAAGAUAAGAAUCGUCCAAUAUUUGUGAUUUUUGGAAGAUUAAAUUAUUAUUAAAGGUUUUGGAGACUACUUUUGUACUACUUUUUAUCAUCAUAUGACUGUGAUUGUAGCUUAGAGUUUUAAUGUAGUGCCUAAAAUGGCUAAAUCACCAUUUGUUUUGGUAAUUACUGAAGAUCUCACAGCAGUGUCUGCUCCACUGAAGUCAACACAGAGGAUUAAGUACACUUGUUUCGACGUAUCUGAAAACUUUAUAGUUCUUGGAGCGUCUAGUGGUGGACUAUAUGUGUUCCAGAGGAAUCCAUGUGCCUUUUUACAGCUGCUACCAAACAAAGAUGGAGCCAUCACGCAUGUGGCCGUGUCCCCCAACGAGAGGUUCUUUGCGUUUGCGAGCGUGAAGGGAGUGGUGUGCGUGCUGGAGCUGAACGACGGGCCGGGUGCGCGACGGCUGCUGGUGUCGACGGAGCACCUGGAUCGCGAGGUGUCCGUCCUGCUGUGGAACACCCGCAGCGACGAGCUGUUCGCAGGGGACGACGAGGGCCGAGUGUCCGUCGUCACCGUCUCCCUGUUCUCGGCAAAGCCGAUGUUCCCCGUGCCGCCCUUCCAGCUUAUGCAACUGGACUCGAGGGUCGUGCAGAUGGACUGGUUCGCUGAGCUGCUGCUCGUGUCCACGCUGACACGCAGCUACCUCUGCGACACGGUCAAGGAGCAGUACCGGCAGAUUGGCCACAAGCCGCGCGAGGGGGAGUUCGGCGCCUGCUUCCACGCCCCGGUCGGCGGCGUGGAGCCACGCGGGUCAGGGCCGCGCAUCGGUGCCGCGGACAGGAGUGGCUACACCUCCGUGGGGGUCGCCGAGGAGCCGCCCGGCUCCGAGGGCCUGCAGGAUGUGCGGCUGUACUGUGCGCGACCCGGGUCGCGUCUCUGGGAGGUGAACGUCCACGGCACCGUCCUCAGAACCCACCAGUUCAAAGAUGCGCUGGCGAUCCCCCCCGCGCCUGUUGUGAAUCUUGUCGGGUCGGAUGGCCCAGGCAGUCAUACCUCUGCUUCUCCUGAUGAAUCUCGGUCUUGCUCAUGGAACCCACAGUCUUUCAACUUUCCUAGACUUCACAAUGUAUACAAGAACUAUUUGAUGACCUUCCGACAAAGUGGUGUAUAUAUUUUCGAUCCGGAAGUUGCUAGUGUUGUGCUUUGGAGUGAUGCAGUUGAAGAUAUUGUCGAUGCUAAAGUGGUUAAAGAGACAGUGUAUCUUUAUACUUCUUCUGGAGAUGUUCGUGCCUUAACAUUGUUUUCCAUUGAAGACUUUGUGGUGAAGCUAUAUUUUUGGAAGAAAUAUUCACUUUGUGCUGAUCUAUGUUUAGCGCAUAUGGAUCACCUUUUAUCUCAUGUAACAGUGUUACCCAAGUUAUGUAUAUUGUCAGAUUUGGCUAGGAAAGUUGAAGAUUUGGAUUUGGUUGAGAAAAUAUCACCUUUGUUGGAGGCAGUUUCAAAGCUUUAUAAUGACAAAAGAAACUGUGUUAAAUUAGAAUCUGGCAUUGUAAUCAUUGGAAAUCAGUAUUAUCUAGCUAAAGAAGAUGAGAAUCAGUUGCGUCAAAGGUUGGCUACCUUAGUAAAAGAAAAUACAUCAAAGGAAAAAUCUCGUUCGCUAAACACUUCUCCAAAAAUGCUACGUCGUGGUUCUGCUGUCACUGAAUUAGCAAAGCUUAAUAAAAAUGGUAGCACAUCAUCUUUACCAGAACUUUUACAAAACUCAAAUAGUGGAUCCACAAGAACAUUGAGUGAUGAUGAGCACAAUGCUUUCAACUCACCAGAGGCUCGUAAAGUGCUGAAAGAUAUAGGACAAUCCAUGUCAGGGAAACUUGUCAACAGUAAAAAAACUCUAAUAGAAAAAUGGCAAAUACUGGAGAACAAAAUGAAGGGGUUAGGCAGCAACCCUAAUGUAAAACUCAUUGGAAUCAAACCUCAAAACCAUCCAGAAUAUGAUGCAGAUCAAUUGGAUCCUCAGGAUGAAAAUACGGAAGAUAUUGUGUACCAAAAGUGUGUUCAUCGGUUUCCUGUGCUUGAUUUAGAUCCUUUAAUUAAGACGUGCCAGGAGAUUCAAAAUAGCGACAUGAAAAAAAGCACAGAAAAAGGUACCAAAUUCUUUUAUUGUGUAAAAUCAUUGUCUAAUGAGUUUAAAGAAAAAUCAAGACCUUGUGAGAAUGAUUUCAUAUCGUCAAUGUCACCUGAAAUCGGGAAAUGCAGCCACUCAAAAUUAAUAAACAACACCACAUUAAAAAAUUUCCCAUUCUAUCAUUAUUUUCAUGGGGACUCACUUCAACUUGUUUGCAGUACACUGCACAAGUUAUUUCAAUUUCAGUUUGUAAUUGAUUUUGUGCAGACUCUAGAAUGUGAAGAGUUAUUACCUGUGCCAGACCAGUUGUUGAGAAUACACAAGUUGACGGAGCUAGAAUUAGAUGCCAAAAUGUGCCAAUUUUUACAUAGUUAUUCAGACAUCAUAGACUCGAACAUUAUGGUUCAAAAUAUUAAGAGACUGAAUUUGCCUUGUUAUUACAAGUCUUUGGUUGCUCUUUUAGAUAUUUAUCAGAGAGGAAAACAAUUGCAAGUUGAAGAAGUGGAGGAUGAAAAAGGUUUGAUGAUGCAGUUGAGUGUAAUCCUGAUGAUGCUCCGAAUGGACCAGAUUGAAACUUGUUCAAAGAUGGGCGAAGCUUUGGAUCUCAAAGAUGUGUUCUACUUGAUCUUGAGAGUACAAGAAAUGUCAGUAGAAAGUGGGGUGGACGCAAGCAAGGCGAAGAGGGACAGCCACAGAAUGUUUCUGUCAUUUUUGGACAAGUCUGUUGUAUGCGAUGAAGCGGUGUUGUCGGCCUUGAAUGACUCGGAGCUGAGUGCCUUCUUGAUUGCUGCAUAUGAGGAUCUGAACAGUAAUGUGGCAUACAGCUGCCAGUGUGGUUAUCCAGCCCCACAACCACCUGAACCACAGUUCCUUAGCAUUGGCCGCUUAAUACUUGGCCACUUGCUGACUGUUGGUAGCUCCUGCAUCAAAAAAUUUCUUCACAGAAUUCCAGGCAUGUGGUCUUGUUAUCUGGACUUGAAGACGGACAGCCCCGGCUUGUCCGACCUGCCCCUCAUCUUGCACUUGGGCGACGUGUCCUUGCUGGAAGGCGUUCUGCCCCAGACGGCCACGGAGCAGUGGGCGGAUGUGCUUGACAUGUUCGCAAAGUUCAGCUCGGGCCGGUGUCUGAACUGCAAGAAGCCGGCCACGUGGACGGCUCGCGGCGGCGGCAUCUCCUGGUCCCUGCUCGGCUCGCAGGCGGUCAAGCACCUGGGGCCCGGCUCCGCGCUCGAGCACCUCGCCAAGUACGCAGACUGCCUGGGACCGGGCGAGCUGGACGCAAGAUUCUUCCAGAGUUGCAUAUUUUCAGUAAUAGUUGAUAAACAUGCAACAGGCCUGAGGGAUAAAGUUGUGGAUAUGGUUCUGGACACAUCGGGGAAGAAAAAUACGAAGGCAUUAAUGUCACAGGAGGUCGGCCAGGCGCUGGCAGAGGCCCUGCAGCAGGACACGGAGGUGCGGCCCGCCCCCGCGGGACCCCAACGGGGGGACCACCACUGGGGGGUGGGCGUGGACCUCGAGGCAGGGCGCUGCCCCAUCUGCUGGCUGCCGCUGGGCUCCGCGGUGCUCCUGCAGGACGGGGGCCUGGUGGUGUUCCGCUGCGGCCACGCCUGCCACUCCGUGUGCCUGGAGCAGCGCGCCAUCAGCCCGCCCGCCUGCCUGCUGUGCGAUCGCCUCUAGCUCACUCGCAGGUGAAUCCCUUCUGUCAAAGAAACUUAACAUGGAAUGAAGAUGAUGCGACUUGUUCCAGGAGAAAUUAUUUUUAGUUUCUUAAAAGAUUUUUUAUUAUGUAGUUGCUGCCAUAUUUCCUUUACGGUAGCUUCUGGGAAACAGUUACCGUGUUUUAUCGCAUAAUCAUUGCACUGUUAUUUUAAAGUGUCCAAAUGUGGUAAAAAAAUCUCUCAUAAAAAUCGCAGGAUGUUAUUGGUCCCAUUGUUAGAUUCCGAUUGUUUUUUUUAGAUAUUAAACAUGGCCUUGCCAAAAGAUUAUCGUGCAACAGCAAUCAGUUUUCAAAUUCAAGUUACUGUCACAGUGUAUAGUUAUAAUGGGAAAAUACAGUAAUUGCAAUUAAGUACAGUAAAACUCAUUUAAAAUGUAACCGCACAAUACAAUUUCCCAUCCAAUAUGGUUAAAUGUUUUGGUUCUGCUACUUUCUACAUAAGAUAUAUAUUAUUUUUUCCCAUGCAAGAUGUUGCCUAUAACUUCUUUUCCUGUAUAAAAGAUGUAUUUUAAAGUUUAACUUCAUUAUUGGUUAGGAUAUUACUGCUUACUUAUUUAAAUAACAGAAAUAUAAAGUUGUCCGAUGUGUAAAUUUUCUUUUAAAGACUUUUCAAAUGUUUAUCUGUUCGUUGAAGCUGUGUAGCACGUGUAGAAAUGUAACCAGCACUAGUUGAUAUGAUUAAUGUUUGGUUGUGUUGAAUAUCAAUAUUGAUAGCUCGCCGAUUGCAUGCAAUGUGCGCACUCUGUCUCAAACAGAGUAAACUACGUACAUUCAAUAGUCCACACUCUUUCGUGGUUAGUGUGUACUGACUGUAGUUUUGGCUCACAUUCUGUUCACAGUUUUCGUUGUUAUAUUUUAAGGUGAACGAAAUAUGUUUUUGUUGCAUGGCUAAUUAAUUAAAAAUUUUUGGCGUGUUUUCGCAUACUCUGCUUUUUAAUUAUACAUACUUUUCAUGCAACAAUUUUUCUUUUCAUAAAAAAAAUGCUUUUCCAGCAUAAAAGUAGUUUCAAACUUUGUUUUAGCAUAAAAUGUGUGAAGAUUAUGUGAUAAACACGGUACUCAAUACUGUCCAGUUUGUAUUUCAAGAGAAAAUAACUACAGUCUGCGCUCUUUAAUCUGGCAUUCUUUGAUUAGGCACGGUCAGUAAUCCGAGACCGAUUGAGUCACUCUCAUUCAAAUUUUUUCAGAGUGGUUUGGGUGUUUGUAUAUCUUUUUGACCUGUAAUAUCAAAUUACAAAUUGUUUUAAAUAUUAUAGAACUGGAUGUUAAUUUUUCUUUGGUAUUCCAAUUAAAACUAUACGGAAGUUCAAUAAUCUGGCAAAAUCGCAAAUCUGGAACAGCCUUGUUGCGAACGUGUUUGAUUAAAGAGCCUUUACUCUAUCUAACCACAUUUUAUUUUCUCUAUGGCAUGUCUUGAUCUAACUGUGAGUACUCACUGUGUAAUGGGACUUCGUGAAGUGUCUCAUACUGUGUAGUUCAACCUGCAUGAGAUGUGCAAUUUUAUUAAAUACCUAUUCUAAAUUUAAAAAUAAAAUUCUAUUAGUUAAUUAUGUACAUUAUAAGUUUGAGCAGUACACACAAAGAAUGAUGGGAAACUUUAGUUCUGUUAAAGAUUCUAGUCACUUAAUGUCAUGCAAUUAUUUUAAUGACCUUUUUAUAACUGUUACCAGCAAUAAGGUAGUGUUGCAGAUGUAGUUUAGCUAUUGUGGUUAGUUGUAUGUGUUUUGGUUCCAUUCUGUAGAUAUUUAAAUUCAGUAUGCUUAACAUAUGUAAAUGUGACACUAUGAAGUUAGAUGUACCAACUUUUUUUUUCCACUUCAAGAUAAAUCUUUUACAAAUAUUGAACAAGGGUCAAUGACUUAUGGUUAUGAUGGUCAAUGUUACAUCAAGCAGAAAUGUAUUUCUACAUCAAUAUUUCCCAUGCUAUGCACACUGAAUUAUUUUUGACAUUAUCGCAAAUGAACCUUACCUGUUUAGAUGGAUUGUGAAUGUAAAAAAUUAACUAAAUGCUUCCAUUGUUUAGACUGUAACCAUUAAAUAUUUUAGUGUGUCAUUUUUCAUUUCAUAAGCAGGAACAAUAAAAGGGUGAAAACAUUCUACAAUUUUAAAAUAUAAAUGGCAAUGCCAUAUUCAAGAUUUUUUUAAGUGCAGUAUCUAAUGUAUAGGUAAAUCCUCCAAUUGAAAUUGUAUCUAAAAACAUCAAUUUUUCACAAAAUUUUGAUUAGAGAAAAUUUAUUGUAACAACUGUCUUGUUCUUCCACCCCUCUACAAUAUCUUAGUGUUUUGUUUAUUACAUUUACUACACUUUAUUCUCACAAUAGCAGAAAACAUAUUGAUUAAACAGUCCCAUGUUGUGUGCUAGGGACAAGUACCAUAAGUUGAUUUUUAGGUUAGAAUUUUCACUGAUAAUUGAAAAAAUGUUGUGAAUUAUUGAAUACAUACUGGGUCUCUAACAACAAAAAGAAUGCAGUGGCAUCAGUCCAACAUGAUAAAAACCCCUGUUGCAAGAGCCCUUAAUGAUUUUGUUCUGUUUUAGCAGAAAAAAAAAUUAUAUAGCGUGGUUUUGGUAAUAUUAAUGCUAGAUAUUUUAGUAUUGGGUGUUAAUACUGACUUGGCACUAUAACAACUGUUGGAAUGCUGUAUAUUGGAUUGUUUUUAUUUCUGUUGAAAAUUAGUGUGGUAUGUGAAAUGAUUAAAGUGAUCUUGCUAGCACAGUUAUUAAAAAUGGGCAUAUGUAAGAACAAUAUAUUAGCUUGAGGAUUAUUAUUCCAAUAAUAUGUAGAACAGUUAAACUUAAUGUAUAUGUUCACAUUUUCAAUGACUUGAGCAACACAACCAUGGAGCAAGAGGUCUAAAGUACUCCCCCCCUCCCCUGAAAUUGGUCCAGUGGUGCAGUGAAGGUAAAAAAAAUAGUUGAAAACAGUAUAGGGACUUGGGAGUCUUAUUUCAAAGGUUUCAAAGAUGGUUGGGAUACAUUGAUACCAGAAGUUCUGCUACAAUUUGACCAUUUUGUCCAACAAGGUAAAAAUUUGCUAACUUCUGCAAACUUGCUACCAUUUCUCUCCUUCCUAAAUCAUUUAACGAUUCAUGCUCCACCCUUAUAAAAAAAAUGGCUUGCUGCCCAUGUACCAUAAUAUCUAUGACCUAUCAUGUUUCUUCCUAUAUGGCUUUGACAGCAUAGGCCUGUGGGCUCUUCAAGCCCAUAAAUUUGGAAAUCUUCCCAUGUUUUGUCUUUCUUUUGCCUAUCUACGUGGCAUGGUUAUAGACAGUUUUUUUUAAUCAUAGUACUGGUAUUCUGAAGUCUGAUUCUCAAAAUGUCCUUUAAUAUCACUAGGGAUGGGCCAAUCAAAUCCUUAAAUACCAUCAGAUCCUUAGUAAUCGAAGGAUUCAAUAUUCGAGAAAAAAGAUUUGAAGAAAAAUGUUAGAGGAAAUAAAGUAAAUUAAAAAAAAAAGCACUGAUAACUUCUGAAAUUUACUAGGUAAUUUUUUUUCCCUUACCUAUACUGUUCCCAUUUCCCAAGAUGUUAAACAUGUAAUUAUAUAAAUAAAAUUACAAUAUGAUUUGAUUCUGGAAACUUAGUUCAUGAAUAAAUCAUUUAAAAGGUUAUGUAUGUUUAAACAUCAUAACUGGUAUGUUUUAUUUCUUAUAUAUAAUUUAAUUUUGAGACCUAGAUUUGGAUUCAAGAAUAAUUUUUUUAACUUCUCUUUGGGAUUCGAAUUCGAGAUUUGGAUUCCAUAAAAUUGGGAUUUGACCCAUGACUAAGUAUUACCCUUCAUUGGGUAUGUGAACUUAUGUGAACUGAAUCAUUAAAUUCCCAGUAAAAUUAAUAAGCAUAUCUGUUUAAAAGUAGCCAUCAUAUAUGUGUUGAAAGUCUUUGUGCUUCCUGUUUUGCCCAGUAUUUUUCCUGUUGUAUCGUGUUAUAUGACAUUUACUUUGCAAUGAAUCAACUGUGUGUAUUGCGUUAAGACUACCAAAGAUAAAAAUCAAAAUGUAAGAACUAAUAACAGAGGACAUAUACUAAUGUUAGAUAAUGUAUAUUUAAUAUUUUGUUAGAAGAAUACUUGUUAAAGUUAUAAAUUUAUUGAGUGUUAUAUUUGUAAUUUAAAACUGAUUUGUAUGAAAUUUAUGUGUGAAUAAACUUUUGACAGUUUUUACAUUGCAUU